UCAGGCGAAAGCCUGGGUGGCCCCUGGCCUCUGCCUCCGAGCCUGGGUGCCCGGCAGCGGGCAGGCGGGACGAGGCCUGGAGCUGGUCCAGGACGGAGCUAAUGAUCAACCGGCCCUUGGAGGCGGUGCCGCCGCACGGGGCCUGCCCCUCGCCAGCGGCCCGGGCGCAGGGAGGAAGUCGGGCAGGAAGCCGGGGGCGGUGGCGGCCGCUGUGCAGUCAGCUGGGCCGUGGGUGCCCUGGCUGGGGGAGACGGCCUACGGGGCCGGCCUGCGGUGCCAGCCUGCGAGGAGCCGGGAGCGGCCAUCUGGUGACUGCGGUCACCUCUGAGGAGUGGGCGCAGAGGCCAGCCUGGCAUGCAGAGUCCUUGGCAUUGAGGCCACCACCAGUCAUGAAGGGCCUGGCGGAGGUGGCCUCUGAGGAGCCAGCCCCGACGGGGAGAGGGCCGGCAGGACCCUCAGGAGGCAGCGGCGGCAGUGAGGUCCAGAGAGUGCCUGUGAGCGCGUCGGUCGUCUGGGAGCGAGCAGGGCCCGAGGAGGCCAAGGCCACGGUCAGAGAGGGCGCUGCCGCUGCCCCGGGUGCCUCUCAGCCGGCUGCCACGCCCCCUCCCGGCCAGAUGGGAUCGCACCCCACAGACCUGACCUUGCAGCUACGGGCCGUGCGCAGGAAGAGCGGGCAGCCUGACCCCAGCCUGCAGCAGGUCCUGCGGGGCCGGCUCCGCCUGCUGGAGAACGACAGUCGGGAGGUGGCCCGUGCUCUUGGGGAGCUGUCGGCCAGGCUGCUGUCCAUCCACAGCGACCAGGAUCGGAUUGUGGUGACAUUUAAGACUUUUGAAGAAAUCUGGAAGUUCUCUACCUACCAUGCUCUUGGCUUCACGCACCACUGCCUGGAAAACCUGCUCAUGGACCAGGACUUCUGGCUGCUUGCGCCCCACAAGGAUGAGGAGACGGCGAUUCAGGUCCACGUGGAUGAGGAGGCCUUGAAGCUGACACAUGAGAGCCUCCUGGUCCAGGAAGGGCCUUUCUUUGUCCUGUGUCCUGACCACCACGUGAGAGUGAUAACGGGUCCCCAGCCACUCAGGCGGGCUGCGGGGAGUCCCCUGGCAGAGGUGGCCCCGACAGUGGGCUCCUCAGCCCCCAGUCCCAGCACACCCUCGGAGGUGGGGGCAGCAGCCGCCACUGCAGAACCUUUGGAACCAUUCCAUCAGUGGGCUCUUAGGGUCCCCUGGGACCCCAUCAGCGACUCCAUGGGUGGACCUGUGACACCGGACAGCCAGCAGAUGGCUGUGGGCCUGGCCUCGGCAGUGGCAGACUACCAGGGCUCGGGGCCCGAAGAGAUGACUUUCCAAAGUGGCGACCACAUAGAGAUCCUGGGCGCCCAAGUGCCCGGCCUGCCCUGGUGCAUGGGCCGGCACGUGGCCUCUGGCCAGGUCGGGUUUGUGAGGACGAGUCUCAUCCAUGUGCAGGGCCCAGUGUCUGAUUUGGAAAAUGUAAUUUUUCUCAAUGAAGAAGAAAGGUCUUUCUUCAGCAGCGAAGGAUGCUUUUCUGAAAAGGAUGCCAGGCAGCUGCUGAUGAGGACUUCUGGCACUGACAUCUGCACUGCGUACAGCUUGGACAUGUUAGAAGAGGCUGAGCCUCAGCAGCAGAAAAUACAUGAAAUGCCUCCGCCUGGCUUGAGCCAGGAGCCACGUGAGACCCUGAAGAAGGUGAAGAAUGUUCUCGAACAGUGCAAGUCCUGCCAGGGCUGCCCUGAGGCACCAGCGUCCCCGGACUUCUGGCUCCACCGCCUCCCCUCCCAGAUCGCCCACUACCUCAGGCAGGCGCUGGCCUCCCCGGACACCCGGCCGGCGCUGCGUGGCCCGCUCUGGGCCAGCCUGGCCCAGCUGCACAGCCAGCACGGACAGCAUGGCAGGGCCAUCGCCUUCAUGACUCAGGCCGCGGAAGCUGACGCCCAGACUGGCGGCCACUGGGUCGUGGACCACCUGGUGGCUGUGGCCUGGUUGCACGUGCUUCACGGGCAAAGCCUGGUGGCCCUGGACAUCCUGGAGUCCGUCCUGGACGCGGCGGUGGCCACCCUGGACCAGGAGGGCGUGAUCGCCAACAUGGCAGGCAUUGCCCUGAAGAGGACGCGCAGGACCCGGCAGGCGGCCGAGGGCUACUAUCGCGCCCUGCAGGUGGCCAGGCGCCUGGGCCGGCUGCGGAACCAGGCGGUGGUCCUGGCCAACUUCGGGGCCCUCUGCCUGCAGGCCGGCGCCGGCGGGCUGGCGCAGCACUACCUCCGGGAGGCUGUGAAGUUUUUCUCGCGGCUGCCCAGCGGGGAGUGCGGCCGGGACUUCACCCAGGUUCUCCUGCAGCUGGGGCUCCUCUGCACCCGCAGGGCGCUCACCCACCAGGGCAAGUGCUACUACGAGUGGGCCCUUCUGGUCGCCGCGGAGACAGACCACCUGGAGAGCCAGCUGCGUGCCGUCCAGAGGCUCUGUCACUUUUACAGCGCCGUCACGCCCAGCGAGGCCCGGUGCGUCGUCUACCACGAGUUCCAGCUCUCGCUGGCCCGCAAGGCAGCUGACAAAGUGCUGGAGGGGCACCUGCUGGAGACCCUCGGCCAGCUCUACCUGUCCCUGGGCACCGAGCGGGCCUACAAAUCCGCGCUGGACUACACCAAGCGCAGUCUGGGGAUUUUCAUCGACCUGCAGAAGAAGGACAAGGAAGCACAUGCCUGGCUGCAGGCGGGGAAGAUCUACUACAUCCUGCAGCAGAACGAGCUGGUGGACCUGUACAUCCAGGUGGCACAGAACGCAGCGCUGUGCACGGGGGACCCCCACCUGGGGCUGCAGCUCUUUGAGGCGGCUGGAGACAUCUUCUUCAACGGGACCUGGGAGCGGGAGAAAGCCGUGACCUUCUAUCGGGACCGGGCGCUGCCCCUGGCCGUGACCACCGGGAGCCAGAAGGCGGAGCUGCGGCUCUGCAACAAGCUGGCAGCCCUGCUUGGGGAGACGAAGACCCCGCAGGAGGGCCUGGAGUUCGCCCACACGGCCCUGGCGCUCAGCAUCACCCUGGGGGACCGACUGAACGAGCAAGUGGCCUACCACCGGCUGGCGGCCCUGCACCACAGGCUGGGCCAGAGUGAGCUGGCCGAGCACUUCUACCUCAAGGCGCUCUCGCUCUGCCGCUCGCCCCUGGAGUUCGAUGAGGAGACGCUGUACUAUGUGAAGGUGUACCUCGUGCUCGGGGACAUCAUCUUCUACGACCUCAAGGACCCGAUGGACGCGGCCGGGUACUACCAGCUGGCGCUGGCGGCGGCUGUGGACCUGGGCAACAAGAAGGCGCAGAUGAAGAUCUAUACGCGCCUCGCUGCUGUCUACCACAACUUCCUCCUGGAUCGCGAGAAGUCCCUCUUCUUCUACCAGAAGGCGCGGACCUUCGCCACCGAGCUCAACAUCCGCCGGGGCCACCUGGCCCCCGUGCGGUGCUGCGGGCGGGCACCCUGGCUGGUCCCCGACCCCCAUUCCUGAGCCCCAUCUUUGCAGACGUGGCCUCGGUCUGUCCCAGUGUCUCAGGUGGCUCAUUCUGGGAAACAGAGGCACGAUGCUCGGGGCCAAAUAGAAAUAAAUGGAUUUUCCAGAAAUGUC